AUGUACAAUUGCGUAUCCCGUGUUUCGGAACUCGUGGAUGAAAUAUAGUUCAAAUAUUACAAUGAAAAGUUUUUAACUUUACAUUAAUAUUUUGCGUUGUUAAUAUAAUUAUAAAAAAUGACUUUGUGCUCAACUGGGCAUUUAAUUUGAAGUGGUUAAUGUAAAACCGCUCUGAACGACAGUGUUUUGGCGGGCAACGAAUAAAAUGAGCUACGUUACGAAUCGAGCGAGACCUUCAGAACUUGCUGAGAGGUUAAAAUCUUUCGAUACCAAAUCUCGGUCACAAAGUCCCACUUUAGCUGAUAGAUAUGUGGGCAGAAUUGCAGAGCAACGCGAUGCGGUACAGAAGAAAACAUUCACGAAAUGGGUCAACUAUCAUUUGCAAAAGCUUGAUGUUGUUAUUGAAGACAUGUACGAAGACUUUCGAGAUGGCAUAAACUUAUUGCUUUUACUGGAAGUUUUGACGGACGAAAAAUUGCCCAGAGAAAAAGGAAGCAUGCGCUUUCACAAGCUUCAGAAUUGCCAAACAGCUAUCAAAUUUCUUCUAGAAAACGGGGUGAAAGUUGUGAAUAUUCAUGAGAACGAGAUCGUCGAUGGCAAUUCAAAGAUCAUAUUGGGUCUUAUAUGGAUUAUAAUCUUACAUUUUCAGAUGUCUGACAUCAAAGUCAUUGGACAAGUUGAAGACAUGACUCCUAAAGCAAAAUUAUUACAUUGGUGUCGUAAAGUUACAGAAGGGUAUCCUCAAGUUGUAAUUUUAAAUUUUACAACUUCCUGGAAAAAUGGUCUUGCAUUCAAUGCAAUUUUACAUAGAUAUAGACCCGAUCUGAUAGAUCUAUCAACGUUGAGUUCUUCUACACCAGAACACAAUGUCAACAAUGCCUUCAUUGUUGCAGAAAAGGAGUUAGGAGUUCCUAGGUUACUUGAUGUAAACGAUGUUGUAUCGGACCAUCCUGACGAGAAGUCUAUAAUGACUUACGUGUCUUCGUUGUAUAAUAAAUUUCCAAGAGCUGUGACAAUGUUCGAGUCUACAGAAAAUGAGGAAAAUGUUUUAAAGUACGAACAAUAUUGCGAGGAGAGUAAAGAUCUUAUUGCGUGGAUUCAAAGGGUCGUCAUUCAACUGGAAAGUCGAACGUUUCCUACAACAAUAAAAGGAAUGAAGGAUAUAAUACAAGAUUUUGAUAACUUCUACACGGACGAGUUUACUCGUAUGGAAGCAAAACGCAACCACGUUAAAGAAAUCUUGAAAGAAUUGCAUUCAUUUUACGGUGCAAUGUCUAGUUGGUUAGAGUUCCCACAUGGUUGUCAUCCAAGAGAUGUUGAAGUGUUGUGGCUGCGUGUUUUGCGUUGUAUCGAAGAACGUGGAGCAACGUUAAGGGUCGAAAUGUCGCGAGUGAAGAAGGUUUACCAGAUUGCUAAUCACAUCACUCAGGAGGCUAAAGAAAUGGAAAAGACUUUAACGGAGCUCGAAUUAUCCGUGUCUGAGGCAGAGCGUGUUUGGAAGUCUCUUGAUCACGACGUUGCUAAUGAACGCUUUAGAAAUGUUGAAGUGACGUUGAAGAUGUUUCAGGAUAGGUUACAUCGGAUCUAUCAGAAUUUUGAACAUUUAAUAACAGCUCAUUAUCAAGGACUGGAGGAAAUACGAACGAGAAUUCAUCAAAUCCAGUCAAGAUGGAAGGUUUUACUGGAACGAAUCUCUUUGUUCAAUAACCACUCUUCAUUAAAACAAUUUUAUCUCAAAUUUCACGCGAAGACUGAAUUGAACAUUGAUCGUGUUACCUUGGAGAAAAGAUCAAAAACGGAUUCGACUUUCAUAUUUCCCAUUGUUAAAAAGGUUUCCAAAACAACAUUACACAAACAGAAUCUACCUUCACCAGAGAGUCCUAUCACUAAGACGACAGUGAGUGGUGUCCAGGCCUUUUAUGACGAGGAUCCGAAGUCACCCAAUAAGAUUUCUAAGCGAGCAAACGAGCUUUCAUUUGUUAUAAAACGGAAACAAGAUGAUCUAACGUCUGCAUUGUAUGGUAAUGGUGUCGAUGAAGUUUCAAGACUUUAUAAAGAACAUCUAGUCAAUGAAGAGGAAAUUAUGAGUUGGAAAGAUGAAGUAGAAGCUGUUUGUGAACAAAUGAAUGAUGUUGAACUGAAACGUUGUUAUUCUGAACUCUUGACUCAGUCCACUGCAAGAACUCAACAUCUAAAACGUCUUCUGACAUUCGUGGACGAAGCGUCACGAGAACUGGUUUGGAUGAACGAGAAAGAGUCCAUGGAAAUAUCACGUGACUGGAGUAAGCCAUGCAUGAAUGUCGAUGAAAUAAACCGGUGGAGACAGGAUUUAAAAAGUGAAAUGGAGAUGCAUGAAAUCCAACAACGAUCUGUGAUUGACAAAGCCAUAAAAAUGUUAAAGAUUGAUCAUCCAGCUAAACAGACCAUUGAGACAUACAUAGCGUCACUACGUCGUCAAUGGACUUGGAUAUUAGAAAUAGACAAGGCGAUGGAGCUACAUUUAUUGAAUGCAUCCAUAUAUGAUGAGUUCUACACUGAAGCUGAGAAAAUAAGAAAAUGGAUCGCGUUCAAGAUAAAAGAAUUGAACGAAACAUCCCAAGACGAUUAUACGGAAGGAAAUUUACAAAAAACAUGGAAGAAAUUAAUGGAACUAAAGCAAGAAGCUUUACGCCAACAUGAUAAGUUAAGCUCAUUGAAACUUCUCGGAAAGAGAGUGGUACCAAUAAAAGAAAGAUCAAAAUAUGGUGCAUCCAACGUAUCAGUUGAAGCAGUGUGCAAUUACGAUGAGACACAGCAGCAUCAAGUAAAACAAGGCGAAAAAUGCACUUUAAUCGAUAAUUCCCAGUAUCAAAAGUGGAAGGUAUUAACAAGCCAAGGUAAAGAAUGCAUUGUACCAUCUGUUUGUUUUGUUAUACCUGCUCCAAAUCUUGAGGCUGAGCAAUACAUGACAAGUCUCGAAAUUCAAUAUAAACAUUUGCUGAUGUCUUGGAAGGCUCGUUAUUCUCAUCUUUAUAAAACGAUCUCUACGCAUCAAGUAUCUUCAAAUGUUAAAGUGUUGGAACUGCCUGAAAAGGUAAAAUUUCAAAGUUUGAACGACUCUGGCAGCGAGGAAUUGGAAAGACUUUUAAAAGAACUGAAAGAUUGUGAAGAUGUCGACUUUGAAAUUGAUUCAUCCAACAAUAAAGCCAGCCAACCUAAAUUUGUUGAUGAAUCAAUCGUAAAAAGUGAAAACAUCACUGGUACUUUUAGUGAAAAUUCUAUUUCUUUACCUCGGAAAGAUUCUGAGCAUACAAUGAACGAGUUACUCCUGUGGUUGGAAAAAACACAAGAUUUAUUACAAACUAAAUCACUAACUUUGCCAUCGAGUUGCGAAGCUGUCAGUGAGGAGUUACGAGAGAUUAAAGAAUUGCAAACGGAGAGACUGUUCAAUAAAGAACCAGAGUAUGAGUCAUUACGUGACAAAAAAUGGGAUGAUCCUGUUUUACGUGAAAAAUACGAAAGAUUGAAAAAGAAAUGGAUCACCAUAUGUGAUCAUCUUGAAGAGUAUCAAAAAAGAAUGGAUUUGUGCCACACUUUAUUUGAGCUUGUGAAUGAUUUUCAAAGAUGGCUGAAUCAUGUCGAACAGAUUCUUAGUGAUCAACAGGGAUUGACGAAGAACUCUCAAUCUCUUCGUGGACAACUCAAACAGAUUAAGGGAAUUCAAAAAGAAAUUCGGUUGAGGCGCGAGAAGAUAUAUCAAAUAAAACAAGCGAGUUUGAAACUUACUACGUCAUCGAACGAUGAAGCAAAUGAUGUCAUCAUGAGAUGGGAGAGGUUGAGUUCAGAGAUUCAGAAUAGGGCUAAGCAGUUACUGACUGCAGUUGAAACACUGGAAUCUUACCAGAUCAUGUACGCCACUGAGGAAUUAUGGGUGAAACAAAUGGAGGAAACGCUGGUGUCGUCUGAUGAACUGGGGCGAACGUCGGAGGAGGAAUUCUCGUUCGACAUCCGAAAACAUGGCAAAAGUAUUGAAGCAGUUGUUUCCCAAGGAAAUGGUUACAUAUUUGAUAGUAUGGAUUUUGAAAAUGGUUUAAAACGGUAUGCAAAGAGUGUGGCUAUACCUGUGGACGACUCUGUGUUCCUAAAUGCUGAGGCAGCUAGGAGAGAUAUUGAAAAUGAAGUAAAGUCUUUAAUGAGUCGUUUCAAAACUCUUCAGCGUUACGUGGACGAGACACGUGAUAUGAAAAACGAUGACGUUGAUGGAGCAGAAAUCGAUGUUGAGAGAAAGAGAUUGCAGUCUAAAGUUCAGGGUUGUUAGACUGGGUUGAAUCACGAGAAGACUCUUUAGCCCAUCAAAGUGCGCUGUUGCUGGAAAAAACUGAUCUUAGCGAGCAUCUGGAGCAAUAUAGGAAACUCUCCAAAGAUGUACUAACGAGCGAGGAAAGCAUCGAGAGCACUCUUCAUGAAGGAAGAAGCUUCCUACAACAAAA